AUGAAUUUUGAUUUUAAUCCGAUACUAAAGCAAAUCAUCCAUAAUUCGAGUUUCCAAAGAAUCACUAUCAUUAUCAAUGAUCAUCGCUAUUAUUCAAACAUAGUAUUUGGUUCAGCUUUCAGCAAUUCUAUCAACAAUCAAGUAAAAAAAGAUAGUACUCGUUAUUCAUUUGAAUUUUACUGUUGUAUACAAAACGAAAGUACAUAUGACAUUCUCGAACUAAUCUUUGAUGGAAAUUUUGAAGGUCAAAAUCUCAACAAUGUUAUCAAUGAUCUUUUCAAUGUUGGUGUCGCUAUGGAAAGUAAUACAUUACUCACAUGGUAUAGAUCAUUUUACCCACUUUCUAUUCAAAAUUACAAAGAAAACGCUAUUUAUUACAAAGAAGUAGGAAACAUUGAUGAAUUUAUUGACUUUACAGUUCGGAAUUUCCAGGAUCUUGGAUUACAAAAGGUGAUUGAUGCUUGUUUAAAAAUAGGAAUUGAUUUCGCCGAGUUAUUAGCAAAUAAGCUUGGAGAUAUGAAGAAAGAGUUCAUAAUAAGUUUAAUUGAGCAAGAUUUGCAGUUUUCUGUGUUAAUUAAUCAAAUUGAUACAGAAAAAUUGACUUAUGAAGAUGAUAUCAGGCUUGUUUGCCUUCAUAAUAAUUCUAUAGCUCAUGAUUAUCAUCCGAACAAUGAAUUUGUUCAUUUCUUUUUAAAUAAAUUUAAUGAAAAAAUAUUAAGUGAUUUAAGAAGCAAAGAUGAUGAAAACAAAGAACUUACGAAUCAUAUUAUUGAUACUAAAGAUAAAUUACAACAAUCUCAAUUAGAAAAUCAAAAAAUUAAAAUUGAAUUUGAAAAUCUGAAAAAUGAGAAUCAAAAACUAAAACAAGAAUUAGAAAAUGCCAAGAAACAAUUAGAAAAUCCACCUCCUCGUGUAUUUUCGCAAUCUGAAUUAGAAUUAAUUUCAAUUCACAAAGCAGCCUCAAAAAACAACAUUGAAAUUGUUAAAUUACUUAUAAACAAUGGUGUUAAUGUUAAUGAGAUGAAUGAAAAUGGUGAAACACCGCUUCAUUCAGCGAUAUCUGCAAAUUGUUUUGAAGUUGCAGAGUUUCUUAUUAAAAAUGGUGCUGAUGUAAAUAAAGUUAAUAAUUCAGGAAAUUCUCCACUUCAAAUUGCAAAAGGAAAUGCUAAAAUGGUUGAUUUACUCAUUCGAAAUGGUGCAAAAGAAGAAAAAGUUGUUACGAAUUAUGAAGAAUGUAAUUCAUUAGUUUACCAAUCAACUUUUGAUUUCAAUGACUACAAAGAAGAACCAGCACAACCAGAACAACAACAACCUCGAAAAGUUGGCUGGCUUGAGAGAAUUUUUGGUGUUCCAAGACCGCAAAAUCAUAAUAACAUUAAAGAGAAAGAGAAACCUACUGAAACUGCAAAUUUUUUUGAUGCUGAAAGGGAAAGAAAUGAUUUUAAAGAAAAACAUAAUGAAACAACGAAUUUUUUUGAUGCUGAAAGGGAAAGAAAUGAUUUUAAAGAGAAAUCCGAUGAAACAACAAUUUUUUUUGAAUAUGUGUUCCAUCCAAGUGAAAAUGACAGUGAAAAAGAAAUAAAAGAUGAAUCAAAAACUGAAGAAAAAGAUAUAAGUUAUUAUCAUUCUUCUAAUUAUGAUAAUGAAGCAAAAGAAGAUGUUUUUGAUAAUGAAGUGAAAGAUGAUGAAAUUAUGAUUGAUAAUAGUGAUGAUAAUGAUAAAAAUGAAGUUGAAAAAUCAAAAGAUUUUUAUUUUUAUACAGAUGCAAAAGAUGAUGACGAUGAUCAAGAUGCAUCGAAAUAUUAUAUUGACGAUGAAGAAGAGGAUGAUGACAAAUACAUCUGA